AUGGACGGCAUACUUCUUAUUGACAAACCGUCAGGAAUCACUUCUCAUAAAGUCGUUGAAAUUAUUCGAAGAAAACUAAACCUAAAAAAAGUAGGUCAUGCGGGAACAUUGGAUCCCUUGGCCACUGGAUUAUUAGUAAUUAUGUUGGGUAAAGCCACCAAAUUAAGCAACCAGUUAGUUAGUCAAUCCAAAUCCUAUGAAGUAGAAAUGAAAUUGUUUUUAGAGACGGAUACUGGUGAUAUUACUGGAAAAAUAAUUAAGAGUGAAAAAACACGGAUAUUUGCAGAAAAUCAGAUUCAAGAAGUUUUUAAUUUUUUUAACGAUUAUGAGUACUGGCAAAAACCGCCAAUUUAUUCAGCAAUAAAAAUAGGGGGAAGAAAAUUAUAUCAAUAUGCCCGCCAAGGAAUCUCAAUAGAAGUUUCUCCUCGCUUAGUAAAGAUAGAGAAGAUAAAGUCAUUAAAUUAUUUACCUGAAGAAGCAAAAAUAAACUUUUGA